GUGCUGAUCCCACAGAUUCCCAGAUUGCUGGGGCCCGGCCUGAACAAGGCCGGAAAGUUCCCCACUCUCGUGCAGCACUCUGACAAUCUGGAGACCAAAGUCACCGAAGUGCGAAGCCAGGUGAAGUUUCAGCUCAAGAAGGUGCUUUGCAUGGGCGUCGCAGUCGGCAACGUCGCCAUGACCCCGGAUGAGCUGAGGCAGAACUGUCUGAUGGCCAUCAACUUCCUGGUGUCGCUGCUGAAGAAGAACUGGAACAAUGUGAAGAGAUUGCACAUCAAGAGCACCAUGGGCAAGCCUUUCACGAUUUACGGAUGA